UUGGGGCACAAAGAUUCAUUUGCUCUGUAAUACACUCCCCUUUCUAUGACUUUGUUCACCAUUUGGUCACAGAGGCACAGAUAGUUUCUGAAGUUUAUACAUUAGUCUUGGCUCCAUCUUUAGGGUCUUAAAGAAGGUGAAUUAAGAUUUUAAAGCAAGGCAAAAAUGUGUACAGGAAAGUGUGCACGAUUAGUGGGUCUGAUGCUGUUACCCUCUGCAUUUCUGUGUAUGAUAGCCAACCUGUUGUUGUUCUUCCCCGAUGGCAAUGUUUUGAAAAAUGAUCAGAUCUCUUUACAAGUCUGGCUGAUGGGAGGAUUUCUUGGUGGAGGAUUAUUUAUGCUGUGUCCAAGCUGUUCGGCUAUCAGAGCUGGUGGAAAGGGUUGUUGUGGGAAGGGCUGCUGUGGAAAUCGUUGCCGUAUGCUGAACUCGGUCUUUUCCUCUGCGUUUGGUCUAAUUGGGGCGGUAUACAGCACCAGCGUGGCAUCUGCAGCACUAGCUAUUGGACCAAAAUGCCGUCUGGCCUCAGGAGACUGGGAAUCUCCAUUUGAGAAGCUCCCCCAAGAUAAUUCCAGCUAUUUGGUGGAUAAAUCUAAAUGGUCAGUCUGUGCUUUCCCGGAAAAUGCUGUCCUGUGGCACAUCGUUCUCUUUUCUAUCAUAUUAGGCCUGGGUGUCGUGCAGGUUGUGCUCCUUGGGAUUCAGGUCAUUAAUGGAUGUAUGGGUUGUAUUUGUGGGGACUGUCGAAAAACCCCAGAGGAUGAGGGAGGAUUGUAAAUGAAAGACCUUAUGAAGAAAAAAACAGCAUAUCUAUUUAUUAACAUGAAUCUACAUGAUCAAAUCUUCUGUUCAUGUUAACCUUGUACUCUGUGCUAUUUAUAUUGCUAUUGUAAUCAAUUAUUAAACCUGAUAUGGCAUACACAUUUAUUAAUUAUUGACUACAAUUACUUUGAGUAAUAUCUUUACAUUGCACUUGAAGCUUUCAGGCUGGAUAAUAAAAUAAGUUUUACCUUUGA